AUGAGCACGCUUCUCCGUGACUGGGAUGAAGGCUCGAAGACCAAGCGCAAAAAGCUCCUCGAGUGGUUUAGCAGCCACUUUGACCCGACGUGUGACGGCGGUUGCCUGCUUGAGAGCGAAUGCGGGGCAGACAUCGCUCUCUUCCUGCCGCGACUUCUGUCCUGGAUGCACAAAACCACUGCUAGCGCCAUUAACAAGACAGACGAGAGCGCCAUUGUCGCGCAAAAAUCGGGGAAAAUGAAAUGUUUCGCGCUUGCAGAGCAAGUCUCCUGCCUGUACGUGUUCUUCGGGUCGACGAACGCACACGCGUACUAUCGCGAGUUCCAGCACGUGGAUGGGCUGCAGUUGGUGCUGAAAAUCGUGGCCAUAACAGGAAACGAUCCUCCGACCCAGAAGCCGCUUGUGUCGACAACUGACCGAGAAACCCUGCUUCGUAUUAUCCUGCGGAUCUCCAAGAUGAACCGGCAGCGUAAAGAAGAGAUCAGCAGUUUAGACGGCGAGUUGGCUGUGAUUCACGGGGUUUUGGCUAGCGGGGAUAUGGAUGACUGGAAAACGGAGUCGCGAGUGUGGACACUGUGUCGGGAGGUGCUUCUGGAACAACUCGUCGGCAACCCGAACAGCCUAGAUCGAGCCCACGAGGCGAUUGUAUUCAUGUUGAGGCACUUCGAGGUGCGCCUUCAGCUUUUUGGAGCGGAGGUUCUCCGAGAACUCAUUUCAGACACUUCAUUCUCCUAUGACCCGGAGUAUCGACGACGAAAAGAGUAUGAUCUUGUGCCUCUCUGCCUGACCCUCGUCAGGUCGACCGAUGUGUAUCUUCAGCACGAAAGCCUCGAACUGCUUCACGCUCUGUUGCAGUCGUCGCACCUGCAGGAGGCCAUCUGCGAAGCGCUCGUGUAUUUAGUCAGCCAAAGCGCCAAAGCGCUUGAUCCCAACGUAGAGGAAAGUUUUAUCUCUGUCGAAGACAGCAUGGAAUACGAAACUUAUGUUCACCUUCGUUCGGCCUUCGCACACGCAUCGCAAGCUGUCAACACUCUGAUGCAUUCAAACCGAAAUCUGCUGCCUAUUCUGGUUGACAAAUAUGGUCUUCUCACGCCCCUGUCGUUCGUACUUGUGGUUGAGCGACCUCACUCGCUGAAAUGGCACGCCGCUGCCAUCAGCAUUCGCUACAUCUUCACUCACCACUUCCGGCCGCACGAGACUACGUUCCCGAGGUGA